AUGCUUAACCAUUUUCUUUUUAUUUGCUUUCGCCCUGGACAUCAGGUUGAGCUAGCUCUAUGGGACACAGCUGGACAAGAAGACUACGACAGGUUACGACCGUUGUCCUACCCGGACACUGAUGUCAUCCUCAUGUGCUUCUCUAUAGACAGCCCUGACAGUUUAGAAAACAUCCCUGAGAAGUGGACACCUGAGGUUCGCCACUUCUGCCCAAAUGUUCCCAUCAUUCUUGUUGGCAACAAGAAAGACCUGCGCAACGACGAAAGCACCAAGCGCGAGCUCAUGAAAAUGAAACAGGAACCAGUUCGACCAGAAGAAGGCAGGGCCAUGGCAGAGAAGAUCAAUGCCUACUCUUACCUGGAGUGCUCUGCUAAAACCAAAGAAGGCGUGAGGGAGGUGUUUGAGACUGCCACCAGGGCUGCGCUGCAAGUCAAGAAGAAGAAGAAGGGUGGCUGUGUGGUAUUGUGA